AUGAAUCGUCAUCAGUACUACAUACGUUCUAAUAAGUCCAGAAUCAUGGCCGAAUACGAAGUUGACAAUGCUGCCAAUCGCGAAUCCCUCGCCCAGGCUCUUCCCACUCUCCAAACUACUUCAGUCGAUGCUGCUGAUCCGGAUAACAACCAAGGUCAAGCUCCUGACGACCUCCCGCAUGAUGAAGAGGACUACCGAGGCUCGCGCCUCCACUUCCAACUUCUCAAUCAGACUGCUCAAGCUGCGAGCACCGGUCAGGUCCCGGCUUUUCCCUUUGGUUACCCCGGGACAACCUCCGUGCCCAUGUUGACAUACCUUGCAUCCCAGUACGUGCAGACAGGGGCACCUCAGGCCCCCAAUGCUCAGCCUAGAAUGCAAUAUCCGCAACCUACUCAGACUGUGCCACCGAGUUUCUCCUACUCGCCUCAAAUGUGGUUCACCCUGAACAUACCUGCACUGAUCACUCCAGAAGCUUCUCGAUCAGCCAGUCAGGUCGCUCCUCCCGCUGUUGAUCCGGUCAGACCUACGGGAUACCAGCUCUUGGACGACAGAAUAAGGGUCAUUGAGGGUUUCUCUUCCUUUGGCAUAGAUGCUCGAGACCUCUGCUUGGUCCCAAAUGUGGUGCUGCCUCAGAAAUUCAAGGUGCCUGACCUUCCCAAGUACAAAGGCCUUAGCUGUCCCCGCAAUCACCUCACCAUGUACUGCAGGAAGAUGGCCUCACACAUUGAUAACGACAACCUCUUGAUUCAUUGCUUCCAAGAUAGCCUGGCUGGAGCCUCCUUGGAUUGGUACAUGAGUCUAGAGCGUUCAAAGAUCCGGUCGUGGAGGGACCUCUUCGAGGCAUUCUUGAAACAAUAUAAGUACAACCUUGACAUGGCUCCGACAAGGCUUCAAUUACAGAAUCAGUGGCAAAGAUCUAAUGAAACCUUCAAGGAAUAUGCUCAACGUUGGCGCGAAAUGGCGUUUAGGGUUCGGCCAGCAUUAUCUGACAACGAAUUGGUGGACAUUUUCAUGGGUACGCUGCAAGGGUUGUAUUUUGAAAAGAUGAUUAAUAGUUCAUCGAAAAAAUUUGUAGACACGGUGACCAUUAGGGAACAUGUUGAGAGUGGGCUGAAAUCAAGGAAAAUAACAGACACGACCGCACAACAGACAGCCAACAAGAGGCCGCAUAGGGGCUUCUCUAAAAAGAAGGAGGGGGAAGCAAACGAUGUAAUGGCGAAGGCUCGCCCCCGAUAUCAAUUUCUGAUGGCCCCUAUGCCGUAUGACCCGUAUCCGUAUAUCGCCGCAGCUCAAUACCAGCAACCGCCUUUCUGUGGCGCGUCGGUCAAUGCCGUGAUUGAAGAGGAAAGUGCCAAAGUCAUACUAAAGGUUGAAGAGGUGAAGACUCAGAUGUCCAUUAUAUUGCAGAGGCUUGAACAGUUUGGGUUUCUAGAAGGGGUACAUGAUGAUUGCACAGUAUGCGAGUUCGAUCUAGAUAAUUGCGAGCAGUUGAAAGGAUGUGUGCAAGAACUGAUGGAUCAAGGGUUAAUACAUUUCUCCAAAUCUCAAGCAGCAGAAGAGGUGGCAGUAAUCGAACCAAUAACAAUAAAUACUAAGGCAGUGCCUUGGAAUCAUGAGACCACAGAGUAUUUGGGGGGAAAAGAAAUCUGCAUCCCUGACACAGAAAUCGUCAACAUUACCGGGGCGGGAGGCAUGACUCGAAGUGUCCGUGUAUUCGCUCCUAAAUACACUCCUAGGGUGUCUCCAGCACCCAUAGUUAUCUCGCCUAAAGAGAAGGUAACUCCUACACCGACUCCGCAGGCAGGGGCAACUGUACUCGCCACUCCGACCAUGACGACUGCUCCGGUGUUGACGAAGGUUAUUGACAACAAUAAAGUUGUCGAGGCCGAAGCAUCCAAGGGUAAAGAGCCGAUGAUUGAGAAAGAACAAUUUGAAGAUCAUAAUAAGAGUAUCACCUUCGAGGAAAGUCAGGAAUUCCUCAAGCUGAUCAAGAAGAGUGACUUCAAGAUUAUUGAUCAGUUGAAUCAAACGCCCUCCAAAAUAUCAAUUUUGUCUUUGCUGUUGAGUUCUGAGACUCAUCGCAAAGCAUUGCUGAAAGUUCUAAAUACCGCUCACGUGAUACAAGAUAUCACAGUCGAUCAAUUUGAUGACGUGGUUGCCAAUAUCACCGCCAGUAGGUAUCUGGGAUUUAAUAAAGCAGAGUUACCUCCUGAGGGAAAGGCCCACAACAAGGCACUACAUAUUUCGGUUACAUGUACUGACUCUCUCUUAUCCCGAGUCCUCGUUGAUACUGGAUCUUCGCUUAUCAUGCUGCCAAAGUCUACAUUAAGCCAGUUACAGUUUAAGGGGACCGAAAUGAGGACCAGUGCAUUGAUCGUUAGAGCUUUCGACGGUUCCCGAAGGCAGGUAAUUGGGGAGGUCGAUUUUCCUAUCUGUGUUGGACCCCACCAGUUCGACAUCACAUUCCAAGUCAUGGAUAUCAACCCAGCCUACAGUUGUCUGUUGGGUAGACCACAGAUUCAUGCCGCUGGGGAAGUCACUUCUACAUUGCACCAGAAACUGAAAUACUUGAUAGAUGACAAACUGGUAAUUGUGUGUGGGGAAGAAGAUUUGUUGGUCAGUGAACUCUCCUCCUUCAGAUAUGUUGAAACAAAUGAGGGGAUCGUCGAGGUUCCGCUCCACUGUCUAGAAUUUGAAGAUGUCAGUUCCGUCACAUCCAACAGCAAUUAA